GUAAGGGGAGGAAGCAGCUGUGGGAUCAUAACAAACAGACGGAAGAUGGCGGAGGCAGCUGGAGGUGGUACUGCUGUCGUUAGUCUUGCUCUAUGCUUAGGAUUCACCUUAUGUUCCUCCUUCACCCCAUCACUUGCUUCCGAUGCCUUCGAGGCGGUUCUGGGCGACACAGCAUCGUGUCAAAGAAGUUGUGAGAUGACCUACAGCCUGCACACUUACCCGAAGGAGGAGGAACUCUAUGCUUGUCAGAGAGGCUGCAGACUCUUCUCUAUCUGUCAGUUUGUUGAUGAUGGUGCUGACUUAAACAGGACCAAAAAUGAAUGCGAAUCAGCUUGUGCUGAAGCAUAUAAACAGCAAGGUGAGCAAUUUGCUUGCAACUUGGGAUGUGAAAACCAGCUGCCAUUUGCUGAACAGAGACAGAAACAGCUCAUGUCAAUGGUGCCAAAAAUCCACUUUGUUUACCCCGUAAGCAUAAUGUCUGCUUUCUACAGUGACUUAAUGAAUUCGGCUCAGAGCUUCUUCACCUCAUGGACCUUCUACCUGCAAACUGAUGAUGGCAAAGUCGUUGUAUUCCAGUCUGAACCAGAUGCACAGUUUAUGGUUCCACAAUUUGAACUUCAAACAGAAAAUAUAAAAGAAACUUCUCAGGCAUUGUCAGAUCAUAUAGCCAAAGCUAUUUAUGAUGAUACUCGAAAAGCUUUCAGAAGGGAACAUGGAACUGGCUUGUAUUUGAAAGAAGGUCAUGAGCAGGAGUACCAGAGUGUCUUGGAAUGUUUGUCAAGGAAUGCAGGGAUACCUCGCUGGAUAUUAACCACCACCCUGGUGCUCUCGGUGCUGGUGCUGCUGUGGAUCUGUUGUGCUACUGCUGCCACAGCUGUGGAACAGCACAUUCCAUCAGAGAAACUGAGCAUAUACGGAGACAUGGAGUUUAUGAAUGAAUUGAAGCUAACUCCGUAUCCAGCAUCUUCUCUGAUUAUCAUCAAAUCCAAGGAUGAAAAGGACAUGGCAGGACCCUUACCUACUAAAGUGAACCUGGACUACUCGACAGUUUAGACAAUUGGGAUUAAAUUUGGACUUGUGUUCUGAAAUUUGAAGUGGUAGUUUUGCCAAAUGUCUGAUUGAGGUGAAAUUUUGAAAUUAAGAUAAAUAUUGUUUUUGUUACAUUCCUGGAUACAAACAUAAUUGGAACUUUUUUAAAGCUGACCUAUAGAUAUAAGCUGUUUUAUUAGAGCUGUUUAUAGCUCAGAUAGCUUUAUGUUGCACAACACACUUGUCUGCAUGUUUGAAAACUUGUUAGUAGCGGACUCUUUUUGAUCGCACUGAUCGCAUUGUUCCUUUGUACAUAUUAAAUGUCAUUGCCUGUAACUUUUCUUAUGAUGUGUUAUUUCUACUAUCAGAAUGGACGUUUACCUGAAGUUUUAAUCAAUUUAUGGCCUGAUGUAUUUCCUUUUUCUGUACCUGCAUCAUGACAUGACAUAUGCUCUUGGAUACAUAAACAGUUGCACGCACAUUAUGUAAAUAUUGAGCCACAGAAACCUCUGAGAACACAAUUUAAAUUUUUCAUUUGUCAGUAAUUAAUUGAUGAUAAACCUCUUGUGGCUUUUAUUUACAUUUCAGCUGAGUUUUUCUUUUUAUGCAUUUCCAUUUUUCCUCCAAGUUCAAAUAUUUUGCUUUGAUUUUGCUGUAAAAUUUUUUACUUAUAAUCAAACUCCAGCUUUUGUGUUUGUAGCCUUUGAUCCAAAUAUAUUUCCUCAAUGGGUUUUGUGGGCAAGAUUUUUUUUGUUCAAGGAAUCAUAUAAAAUAAAUAUUGGUUUGAUCACCUCUCA